CAACCAAGUAAACAGAGUUCACAACUGUGGUAGCCACAGGAGCAAAGCCUGCUGGGGUGACAAGCAUGAGCACUGUUCCACAGACCUGUGACCAGGAGCUGAGAACAGGUGCAAAGAAAGAACGAUGCCUUCAGGGGAAAAGCCUACUUCUGUGUGCACUUCUUGUCAGUACUCUCCUUGGCUUUACAUUGCUUAUCACCUACCUCGUGAUGACUUGUGCUCUAGGAUCCUGUGAUGCUGAGUCAGAUCCUGCUCUCUUGGAAAGACUUCUGAAUUCUAGGAAUGACACUGUUAACCCCUGUGAGAACUUCUACAAAUAUGCCUGUGGCAGAUGGGAAGGCAAACAGUCAAGUAGAACCAGAGAAGAAUCACUAAAUGUAUUUGAUGUGUUGUUGGAAGAAAACCUGUUGAUCCUGAAAAGGCUUUUAGAAAGUCCACAGUUUGGGAUAAGAGGCUCAGCCAAGGAGAAAGCAAUACGAUUUUAUCGUUCCUGCAUGGAUACUGAACGAAUAGAAUCCCAAGGAGCUCAGCCACUGAAGGACCUCCUAAAUGAGGUUGGUGGAUGGCAUAACACAGGUGUGGGGGAAACAAAAGAUUUUAACGAAACUCUUCAGAUUCUCAUGAGCAGAUACAGCACCUUUCCAUUUUUUAGAGUACAUGUGGGACCCACUCCUUUUGACCCCAAGACCAAUAUUAUCCAGAUUGACCAUCCUGAGUUUGAUAUUCCACUUGAGAGUGAAUUCAAAGAGAAAAAUUAUCUUGAGGUUCUCCGUGUGUAUCUUUCGUAUUUGAAGAAAGUGGGGGUCCUACUUGGAAGGACAGAGGAUGGUCCCCCUGACUCCUUUUCCCUGACCUUGUCCUUCAUCUCUAACCUCCAGCGCUUUGUCACUCCACUGCAGAAAAGACAGCAGAGGGGGAUGCUCUUCUUUCGCACUACCAUUAGGGAGCUGCAGGAGAAGGCACCUGCUAUCGACUGGCUGGCGUGUCUCAAGGCUGUGUUCCAUCCUGCGCCAAUGGACCUCUCUCAGCCAAUUGCAGUGCAUGACAUGGAUUACUUAAGCAACAUGUCAAAGCUCAUCGAGAAAUGGCACAAGGGAAGGGUCCUUCACAUUUAUAUGAUUGUUUGUCUGGUUGGGAAUCUCUCCCCAGCCCUUGACAGUCAAUUCCAAGAUGCACGCCUGGAGCUGUAUAAGAUCCUUUAUGGAAAAAUGGGGUCUAGAAUGAUCCCAGCUGAGCGCUGGAGGAAGUGCUUGACUGAUACCAGCUCUUUCUUUGAGCCAGUUCUAGGGAAGAUGAUUGUGCAAGAAAUUUUCCCUGAGCAGACCAAGAAAUUUGCUGAGCAGAUGUUCUCUGUGAUCCAAGAUGCCCUCUGUGACCGCCUGGAUCAGGUGGAGUGGAUGGAUGAACAGACUCGCCGAAACGCUAAAGCCUUGGUAUCCAGACUACGCGUGGAGAUUGGUUAUCCAGCUCACAUACUCCAGACUGACAAAGUGAACCUGGAAUACCAGAAACUGGAGAUAAAUGAAGACACGUUUUUCCUCAAUGUGGUGGCUUGCUUGAAAGUACUGAGGGAAAAUUCCUACCUGAAGCUCCUUCAGCAUAAUCCACAGAAAAACUGGCAUGUGCACCCCUGGAGUGUGCAUUCAUACUAUUCUAUAAGCCACCACAUGGUGGUCUUUCCGGCUGGAAUGUUCCGCAGUCCUUUUUUCCACAUGGAGUUUCCCAGCGCUGUGAAUUUUGGAGCCAUCGGGGUCUUCAUGGCACAUGAAAUUCUUCACUCAUUCUAUGGUUAUGCGUUGCCUGAGGGCUGUCCUGCGUGCAACAGGAGUGCACUACAAAGCUCUAUAGACUGCUUGGUUGAGCAGUAUGAAAGCUACAGCUCUAAUGUCAAUGGCACCUUCACACUGUUGGAGAAUACAGCUGACACUGGAGGGCUCGCCGUCGCUUACCAGGCCUAUAAGAAUUGGCUGAAAAAGCACAAAGAAAAGGAUUUACCUAAGAUUGGACUUUCACACGAUCAACUUUUCUACCUCAGUUUUGCUCAUGCAAUGUGUGGACACCAGGAUCCAGAGAAGCUCCAGUCUUCCCUGAACACAGAUCCACAUAGUCCCUUGCCACUUCGUGUCUCUGGGCCUGUCAGCAAUAGCCAGGACUUUUCCAAGAGCUUCCAGUGUCCCAGUGGAACCCCAAUGAACCCAGACAACAAAUGCCGCAUCUGGUAGCAUGCAUGGAAGAGGAGGAAGAGAGAUGUGAUCCCAGGGAGAGGAAGGCCUGACACAUGGAAAUAUGACCAUCUUCUCAGGGCCUCUAGGGUGGCAUGGUGCUCUUAUUCACUCCUUUGCCUUCCUUUUCUUGUUUUCCUUUCCUCAGCAUUUGAUGGCAGGGAAAUUCUUAAACUGAUCUCACAAGGAAGGGAUCUCCUCCAAGUCUCUCAGUGCUCUGUCCCAGAUGUGUGACAAGUCCCAGGGCAGCAAGGUGACUGGGCAGUUUCCAGUAGGCAACAGCUUGUGAGGAGCUGUGAACAGAAAGACUGCUACAUUAGUAGGCCCUCUGUUUAGUGCAUUUACCUGUCUGCUCCAGCAACCUCACAGUCCUGUAGAAAGGGCAAGUCAAUAAACAGGAGCUGUAAGACUUGUUCGUAUCUUACAAUAGCUCUUGGGGAAAUCCUGUGGGUUACUGUGCAAACCACAUGUAACUUACAAGAGAGGGAAGAAUCCUCUUCUCCUCUCU